AGCGGCCGGUCUUUGUAAGCACGCAGGCGGGACGUUCCGCAAGCAGCCGGCGGGUCGGCCUCGUCUUCACUGCGUCUCACCGCGGGACCCGAGGGACGCGCCGCCGUCCUCCGUCUCAGCCCCAUUGGGCAGGCUGUUCGCAGUACUUUUAAAACAAAACAAAAACAUGGACCGGCCGUCGACCUCCCGGUAACGUCGCUGAAAGAUGCUCCAUGCAUUUUGCUCCGCGCUAGAAGAUGGCGGAGUCGGGCGGCGGGGAUUAUGCUUCGAAACAUCCACAGAGCAGUAUGGCUAACAAGAAUAGCAUCCUGUGCUGUACAUUCUCCGCCUCAGGCCACAGUGCCACGCUCCUUCAGGGCUUGUCGGUCUUGCGGGCUCAGGGUCAACUACUUGACGUUGUGCUGGCCAUCAAUGAGGAGCGCUUCCAGGUCCACCGAGCUGUGCUGGCCGCCUGCAGUGAUUACUUCAGGGCCGUUUACACUGAGUGCACGGCGGGAGUAUCCUGCAGCUCACAGAUCAACUGGUAAAAGCGAUUCAGUUUGGGAGACGGAAGGUAACGGAGGAGCCAUGUUUACUGGAGGCAUGAAGGAGUCCAGUCAAGACACCAUUGAGCUGAAGGGUCUCUCCGCCCGUGGGCUGAAACAUAUCAUUGACUUUGCCUACAGUGCAGAAGUCACUUUAGACCUGGACUGCAUUCAGGAUGUCCUCGGGGCAGCUGUGUUCCUCCAGAUGGUCCCAGUCGUGGAGCUCUGUGAGGAGUUCCUCAAGUCGGCGAUGAGCGUGGAGACCUGCCUGCACAUUGGCCAGAUGGCCACCACCUUCAGCCUGUCUUCCCUCAAAGAGUCGGUGGAUGCCUUCACCUUCCGCCACUUCCUCCAGAUCGCGGAGGAGGAAGACUUCCUGCACAUUCCCGCCGAGCGCCUCGUCUUCUUCCUGCAGAGCAACGAGCUGAGGAACUGCAGCGAAAUCGACCUCUUCCACGCCGCCAUCCGGUGGCUCCGGUACGACGAGUCCCGCCGGGCUCAAGCCAGCGGCGUCCUCUGCCACGUGCGCUUCCCGCUCAUGCGCUCCUCCGAGCUGGUGGACAGCGUCCAGACGGUGGACAUCAUGGUGGAGGACGUGCUGUGUCGGCAGUAUCUCCUCGAGGCCUUCAAUUACCAGAUCCUCCCCUUCCGGCAGCACGAGAUGCGCUCUUCGCGGACGGCCAUACGCUCCGACGUCCUGUCGGCCAUCGCCUUCGGCGGGACGCCCUACACCGACAACGACCGCACGGUGAGCAACAAGGUGUACCAUCUCCCCGACGCGGCGUCCCGUCAGUUCAAAGAGCUGACGGAGAUGGAGACGGGGUGCAGCCACGCUUGCGUCGCCGUCCUCGACAACUUUGUCUACGUCGUCGGGGGGCAGCGCUCGCAGUACCGCAGCGGCGAGGGAGCGGUGGACAGCUGUUUCCGCUACGACCCGCAUCUGAGCCGGUGGCUGCGCAUCCAGCCCCUGCAGGAGGCUCGCAUCCAGUUCCAGCUCGCCGUGCUGGGCGGGCGGCUGUACGCCACCGGCGGGCGCAAUCGAUCCGGCAGCCUGUCGUCCGUGGAGUGUUACUGCCCGGGGAGGAACGUCUGGAGCAAUGUGGAGCCUUUAAAACGCAGGAUUUGGGGUCACGCGGGGACUCCCUGCGGAGAAAAGCUGUACGUGUCGGGGGGUUACGGCGUCUCCUUGGAAGACAAGAAAAGCCUUCAGUGCUACGACCCAGCGUCGGACCGGUGGGACUUCGGCGCCCCGAUGAACGAACCCAGGGUGUUGCACGCCAUGAUCGCCGCCGGCGGUCGGGCGUAUGCUCUGGGCGGCCGCAUGGACCACGUGGACCGCUGCUUCGACGUGCUGGCGGUUGAGUAUUACGUCCCCGAGAGCGACCAGUGGACCACCGUCAGUCCCAUGCGAGCGGGGCAGUCCGAGGCCGGCUGCUGUUUAUUGGACAGGAAGAUCUACGUCGUCGGGGGCUACAACUGGCACCUGAACAACGUCACCAGCAUCGUGCAGGUGUACAAUGUGGAGACUGACGAGUGGGAGAGGGAUCUGCACUUCCCAGAAUCCUUUGCUGGCAUCGCUUGUACACCGAUUAUUAUUCCACAGAACACGACACGACAAUAACCACCCGACCUGCGACUGUGAAGGUUUGAAUCCUCGUGCUCUUUCUGCUGGCCAUCGAGCCGACACAAGGUGUUGACGUUACGUAAGCUACCGUUGUGCGACUUUGUGUGUCCGUCUCAGUUCAUUCUAGGAAAGGACCUGAAAGGCUGCUAAGCUGCAUUUGAUUUGAAGCUGCAUGAUUCAACACACUUGUUUUUGUCACAGUGUGUUGAAUCCUUCACGCAACAAAUUCUGGUUUUAAUGUUCAUAACAGCAGGAAUAUUUUCUUUUUGAUACCAAUUCAAGCUUUAGAAUGAGAGUUUGAAAGGAUCGCUGUGAAAAUAAUUUUCAGUCGUUUCCUUUUUGAAUUCUAUAAUUUAUUGAUUGUCAAUUUUAUCCUCAUAUGAGAAGAUGCAAGUAAUGUUCCUGAAUAGCAUUAACUUAAUUUUCUGCAGUUCUUAUUUAAAAAAAAAAGAUUGUUAAUAAGUUCUACCAUUCAAGGGCUGAAGUUAAAGACCGGACAUUUUUGAAGGAAAGUUGAUGUGUUUGUAAAGGUAUUAUUCAACUUGACCUUUGUUAGGCAUUUUGAUUGUUAAGUUGUCAGUGUUUUAUUAUUUAUUUUUUUAGUUGCAAUGUUUUGUAAGAAUUUGUAUUCAAACAACUGAGAUAACUGAAAUCUCAUGCUUUCAUGUGUCCUCAAAUGUUCUCAUAAACAAAUGCACAGUAAUGAUCGCACAAUUGAACACGAGUCGUGUUUGUGUUUUGCCCGGAAUUGCAUAUUCCAUGUUAACGGGUUGUUUUGUCUAUUAGUGAUAUUUUUUGGUUGUUUCCUGAGCUGAAAUCUCAAGCGACACCCUAAUUGUUGAAUGUUGUUGUCGUCGUCGUCUCCGCUACAUAAAUCAUUCAUAUGCGUGUUCAGGCUGUAAUGUCAGUCGUCUGCUGCUCUUUAUGUUACACGUGUUAAAUCUUGUGUACCGUGUGCGUUUCGCUCUUAAUAAGCGCAGCGUGAAGGCACUAACGCAGUUUUAAUACCUAAACUAUUCUCAAAAAAUGAUUUUCCACCCAAAAACUACCUAAAUGAACCAUUUGCUCUGUUUCGCACAUGUUUUUAUUUUGACUACAUUGUUGCAAUUUACGAAGCUUUAUUCAUCACAGAUCUGAUUCUGCUGCUGAAGUCACCGUUAUACUUAAUGUGUGUGUGUUCUGCGCCCUAUUAAAUGCAAUCAUCAACAUGAUUGUGUCCAUUUUAAAACCUGUCUCUCCUGUUGCCUUAGUGUGUGUUUGUCUUGUGUAACAAGUACCUGUAAAAGCACACGAUAUUGUUGAAGUGCAAUAUAACGGAAACCGCUGUCGUCAGAAGGAAUGUAGACAUUUAUACAUAUUAUGUGCAUCAUUAAAGGUGUAUCAUGUUUUAAAAAGUA